AGCCAUUUAUGCCCCUAGUUCCUGCUUUAAUUCAAGAGACAUCCUGCCAGACAGGCAACUGCAUAAGACCCUACAACUAUUGAACAUUUACUUCAUCCUGGAACGACACAGCUACCAGGUUACAGAGGCUAUCGGUGCAAAGUCACUGCUACAAAGACAGCACAGUGCACCAGGGGAUAGAAGAAAAAAUGACCAUUGAUUUCCUAAGCCUGGUUUUCAUAUGGUUGCUGCCACUGACAGCAAGCAGCACAGUGACAUCUGGCCAGAAUGACAACCUCACCACUGUGAUGACGGGUGAGGUAGGAAAUGAGUUCACUCACAGCCAGCUGACAACACAGGAGGCAUCCAGCUUAAAUCAACUCUCAGAAGUUACAACAGAGAAAGAAACUACAAAACCCAGUACGAAACCUUCACUGCAAACAAUUCAAACAAAUCCUUCUACAUUCUCACCAAAUAUUCAAACAGCAGCAGCUCCAACCAAUUCCAUAUCAUCUCAGUUAGUCAACAACAGCUCAACAGUAGGCACAACAGAUGUACAAUUGAAAGUCACAACAUUGGCAGCAAUGGUGGUAACCAGCCAAGUCAGCAACCCAACCAAAACUACAAUGGCACCUCGAGUGCUGAGCAGCUCCACCCAAGGCCAAGACACAGGAAAGACGUCAACCUCCCAACUCACCAGUGACAAAAUUACUCAUUCAUCAACACAUCCAAGACGGUCUACAGUCCUCAUCUCUAAUGCAACCACAUCUACUAAGACUGUUGAAAGCAAGUCUGCAAGUACAAGCCCAGUCAGAGGCGGUGAUGCUACAAAGUCCACAGGUUUAUACAAAACUUCAAUGGACAUGACAAAGAAACCAUUCACCCGUAUCACCAAGUCAAAGAAAACACAACAUCCUCCUGAAAAAAACGCAAAAGACAAAAAGGGAACAAACCACAGUAAAGUAGUGGCAGGGGUAAUAGGUGGUUCCUUGGUGUUUAUGAUGGUAGGAUUCCUGGUCAUCUAUGUAAAGAAACGGAAGCUUCAGAGGCAGCAGAUAAUGACUAGCGAAUGGGCCGGCCCUUCGCCAUUUCUAGACGGUGGAGCUGACAAUGGCCAGGUAACACUGAGGUCAUCUAACCGAAUUUCUCUGUCCAGCUUCCUGCCUCAGAGGCUGUCCAAAAGGUUGUCCUUGCUCCCAGAAGCAGAUGAAGAGUUAGAAGACUUGACAGCAGGUACUACAUUCGGAAAUAAACGUCAAGAGAGCACAGCUGGUCGAGAGGUGGAUGGAAAUGAUGCACAAGAAAGCAAUGGGGCUGCUGUAGUUGUUCCUGAAGUUAAAAGCACCGGAGACGCUCCAGAGCCUUUUUUCUCAGGGUCCCCUUCACAAACGAUGGACCCGCUGUCCACUAAUAACAAUUCAGAGAUUGUAAAUCCUGAAAAUCCCCCUACUCUAUCUGGAACUGCAGAAAAUGCUGAGGCACAAUUGAAUGAUGGCCUUGGGCAACCUUAAGUGAACUUAAUACACCCCCUCCUCCCCAACGCAUCCACUUUCAUUGGUUUCGAGGCAACAACAACUGUGACUGAAAACACAGGAAACUGACUAACUUGUCAUAGUUUGAGGAAAUCAUUACAAGAGAAGUGAUGUUUAUCUACUGCCAAAUUUGAAAAGUGGUACAGCAGUAUAAUAUUAACAGAAUUAAUCAUUAACAGUAGAAAGAAAAAUAUUUCUUCACACUUUUAGAUCCUCAAUCAUGUGUGACGCACAGGGCAGUUUUAGAGUCAUAAGUCAGGUUAUUGGAGCCUUUCCUUCAAGACACCCUGGUUCUAAAUUAUAGGUAAGUAUCUCUCCCCCUCACCACUCCAGAGAUCCUCACACCAGACUCCUGCUGUAUUUUCUGUUCACUGUGUAAAAAUGUCAGCAAGAAGAGUGUAAAUCAAAAAAGCUUUCUUCACAACAUCUUCUCUGCCCUUAGCGACCCGUGGAGAUUGCUACUGGAGAAAAUAUAACAAUAAAGGCGCAUGCAGUCAGUUUUAUAGUCAUCUUGAAAAUGAUGUAAAAGCAGAAGCAUAUGUGGUGGUGAAAACAAACAGCAACACUUUCAGUAAAGCACAGGGGCCUGCAUUCGGUUUAACAUAUGACUAAUAGCUGUGUAUACCAUAAGCUAAAUGCAGACUUUUGUAUUUUCUACGGCUUAGGGGAUUAUGAAAAAAGGGCUUUGUUUCAUCUGUCAGAGAAGUUAGACCACAUGACUACACAUAUUUGUUUCACUGAUACACUAUCUGCAGAGUUAUGUGGCAUGUAUAGUUGACAAGAAAGAAGGUUCAAUAGCUUUGGCAGUUGAGUCGCACGUCUUUGAAUUUAAAGGUCCAGUGUCUAACAUUUGGAGAAUAUAUUGGCAGAAAUGGAAUAUAAUAUUAAUAUGUAUGUUUUCAUGAGUGUAUAAUGGAAAUAAUUAGUAUUGUGUUUUUGUUACCUUCGAAUAAGCUGUUUUUAUCUACAGACGCUGAAGGUCGCUUUUCACAGAGUUCGCCAUGUUUCUACAGUAUCCCAGAAGAGACAAACCUGACAAAUCAGUGGCUCUAUAUAGGGCAGUUUGCAUUUUCUGGGCAUUUCUUGGCCACCGUUGUUUCUCUUUUGUGCUUAGAAGGGGAGGAUGAAGUGAAGGAGCUGCAAUCUGCAAAUACACCACUGGAUGCCUCUAAAUAUUAAACACUGGUCCUUUAAUAUAUCAUGCUCAUCUGACUUUCGUAUCAUUCAAUCAUAAUCAUAGACUGUAUAGUAAAUAGUGGUUGGAGUUUCCAAGCCUGUGAAACAAGACCAAUGCAGUAGUACCUUAGUACACUGUUCUUUGAGGCCUGUGUGACAAGCUUAAAAAUGGCAUUACAUGCUGUCUGCUUACAAGAGUUUUACCCCUCUACUGUGCCAGUGCAAGUGUGGGCACGACCAUCAUAAUACAGAAACCACUGGCUACAAGACUGUUAGCCACAGUGCCCCAUCCUCAGCACUUUUCAGUUCCCAGCUGCACCUACUGCUGACUGCCAGAAUAUUUAUAUUGUAAACAGAAAUGGACUACUCAUACAAGGCGACAAAAAAAACACACUGAAAUGUACCACACAAAAUUAAAACGUAUGGAACAGCAAAGCUGGUACAAGUGGAUUGUACAAAUACUGUAGAAAUAUGAGAAUCUCCUUCAGCCCAUGUUUAAUUCGUGAUAUCUGAAAAAAGAAACUGGCAACAGAUCUUAAAGCUGCAGUACAGUAUAGUGAAAGUUUCAGCAAAAAAGACAAAAAGUCAUUGCUAUGAAAGUUACCUACUCCAGCUUUGAUUACAUUGGUUGGAAAAUUUGGCAAUGGAUGUGAAAAAUAUUUGAUGUGACAUUGGAUUUGCAUUAAGUGCUAUUUCUAGACUUUGAGUCAUGAGAAGCGUAAUUAGGUGUAUUGGCCAUCUUCUUCCUUUACAACCAAAUCCUGACCAUGAAGCUUUUGUUGAAAUGUCUGUAAAUGUAUAUUUGUAUGUCAUUAAUUUGUUUUUUAUGUUUGUUUUAAAAAAUAGGCCUAGUGGAAUUGGUUUCAUAUGUCUCUGAGUGGUUGUGGUUUUUGAUGUUGUAUUAAAAACCACGCACCACAUAAUUCCACAGCUGUACAUAAUAUAGAUAACUAAGCAUCAGUUUAACUAUUAAAAGUACUAAAACCUGAGGUAGACGUAGGAAGACGUAAAUUACUUCACUUCAAUUGUAUUUAUUGUUAUUGCUAUAUAUACUGCUAUUUUAGCUCAGCUGGUCAUUUUACAACCACAUGUACCAGCCUGACAGUAGCCCAUCUGUUAAAGGGGAACCUGGCAACCAGCUUAAUCAAACCCGUUUAGAAAUCAUUUGGAUGGUUAAAUGCGCCU